AUGGAUAAAUGGAGUGAUCGCAAACAGCCCAAUGUUCUUCUUUUAUUUGAUGUUGAUGGAACUCUGACUCCUGCCCGGAGGACAGUAACUCAAGAUAUGUUAGAAUUGCUUAGAAAAGUGAGAAAAGAAGCUGUUAUCGGAUUUGUUGGUGGAUCCGAUCUUGCAAAACAACGGGAACAACUUGGUCCUACUAUUCUGGAUGAUUUUGAUUUUGCUUUUUCUGAAAAUGGUCUUAUUGCAUACCGAAAGGGAGAACAAUUGGAAGCGCAGAGUUUUAUUGGAUGGCUUGGAGAAGAAAAAUAUAAAAAACUGGUUAAUUUUCUUCUUAAAUAUUUAGCGGAUAUUGAUCUUCCAUUUAAACGUGGAACAUUUGUUGAAUUCAGAAAUGGCAUGAUCAAUGUAGCACCACCUGGACGUAAUUGCACUGUCGAAGAACGAAAUAAAUAUGAAGAAUAUGAUAAGAUCCAUAAGAUUCGCCCUAAUCUCGUAGAAGCAUUGAAGAAGGAAUUUCAUGAUUAUUCGCUUACUUAUUCAAUCGGCGGACAAAUAUCGAUUGACGUGUUCCCGAAAGGCUGGGAUAAAACCUAUUGUUUGAAACAUGUUAAAGAUGAAGGGUUUAAGACCAUUCACUUUUUCGGUGACAAGGUUUAUGAGGGUGGUAAUGAUUGGGAAAUUCAUAACCAUGAAUUGGUUGUAGGACAUUCUGUCAGGAAUCCUGAAGAUACAAUGAGACAAGUGAAAGAAUUGUUUCCUAACCUUUUUUAA